UUAAUGAAUGAGCUGGCGAGAGAGCGCAGAGAGUGAGAGUGUGGGAGAGUAGACAAAGCUCUAGCCGUCACUGCCGCUGCUGCUGCUGCCAACAGGUGAGCGCAACGCAAAGCUAAAGCCGUCGGUUGCUCAGUUGAACAUUUGCAGUCAAAGCCAGAGGCGGCACGAGUGCUAUACAGCGCUUGAAACGUGUGAGAACGGAACACUUAAAGCAAAACGGUAAAAGGGCUUUGGCUGAGCUGAGCACUAGCUGAGCGGCGAGCACGCCUUAGAGCCAAGCUAAGCUCGGCUUUUUGCUUUUGGGUGUGCCGAGGCAGUGUGACGAGAACGCGUGAGCGGCCAACACGUAAACGACGCGCUGUGCGCUGCGCCUAAAACAAAAUUAAAAUACAAAACAGAAAAAACUCAGUUAAAAAUACACAAGCAACAGCAGCGGCAAGUCAAGUGUGAAUUGUUAUUGAGGUUAUGUAAGCGGCAAAAAGCGAACUAACAAAACGCUAACACAAAGCGUAUUCGCUCAGCGAGGCAAAACACGUUCAAUUACAACAAUUUCAGACACGCGUCAACAUCGCACAUUCCUUAAAACUGUAAAAAAACUUAAAAGAAACCUAAUGGAGCACGACGCCAAUGCACAGGCGCAGGCGCAAGCGUCGACUGCGACAGCGACUGCGAUGCAAGCGCACCCGCUGCAGGAUGUGCCGCUGAAUGAUAGCAGCGGCGAUAUGGCUGCAGCUGAUGACGUACAACUGACGACCAAAAAUUGGGUUAAAUUCGACGACGAGGCAGACAGCAGUGAAAAAAAUAAUAACAGUAACAGUAACAGUAACAGUAACACUGGCGAUGCCAGUGCCACACAACAACAACAGCAGCAACAAAACAAGUUAGCUCUGCCGCCACCGCCGCCGUCUGUGGUCAGCAGCAACAACAAGCGACGUGCGCGCUCGCGCAGUCCCAAUGAGCUGGCCACUGCUACAGCAAGUUCAGCGCCUGUGCAGCGCUCUGCAGUUUCCUCAACGACAGCUGGCUCGACGCCAUUGCCGGAUGUGACGCCGGCUGUUCUGACAACUGAGAGCACCCACGUUAAUCUCAAUGCAUCCGGCAGUGGCAGCACUCCGCCCCGCCACCCACUGCAGCUAAUAAACCAAAAAGCUACUGCAGCCGCAACAACUUUGGCUUCAUCAUCAACUGCAGCAGCAGCAGCAGCAGCUGCAGCAUCGGUGACCGCUACUCAUCCAAAUGGCAGUGGUGCCAACAGCAACAACAACAACAACAACAACAACAGCAGCAGCAGCAACGGCGCUAAUGCCAACAGCAAAAGCAUCUCCAUUCCAGUGGAUCAAGCCUCCGGAAUGCGCACAAUUGAGUUGUCAACGGGUCGCAUACGUGAGGGUUUCGCUAAUGGCGAUGUGAUUGUCACUCUGCUGCCGGCCAACACGAAAUGGCCAUGGAUAACGCCGGCCAUAUUUCGACCGGAGCUGGUGCCCGAGGAGCUGAUGGCGCAGGGCUUGACGCUGACUGUGGAGGACUAUGUGAAUGCAAUGGAGACGCUGGUCAACGACUAUCGCUUUACAGUGUACAACAUUUGCUAUAAGCGCAUACUCGUCUGCUGGAUACUGUUUGCGUUCGCUGUGCUGCUGGCGCUGCUCUUCUCUGGGCUGCAGGGCGUGGCACUGUUUGCCUUGGGCGUCGGCUGGCUAUUCCUCAAUGCGGCUGCCAUAUUUCUGUGCAUGUGGGUGAAGCUGCGCCUGUCGCGCGGCCUGGAGAAGUGUUUGGCGCGCGUGAAUAAGCAAUUGAUGCGGCACAAGAUACUGCUGGUGCUGGACGAUCGGGGUCGCAUCUCCUGUCACAAGGUCAACCUGUGCUUCAUGUACUUCGAUGCGACGCAGUGUGUCAGCUUUUUGAACGAAUUCCUCGAGCACACCGAACAGAAUGGCGGCGAGGCCAUCAAGGCGGGCUGGGAGGCCAAGCUGGAUAUCGAUGUCAAUGAUAUUGUCAUACAGGGCACUCAGCCGAUGCGCCUCUCCCGCAAGCAGGCCUUUGCCCAGGAGCUGUUUCUCAGCUAUCUGCAGCGCUGGGGCAAGGACUUUCUGCGCCGCCGCCUCGAUUGGACCGUGCAGGAGGCGGGCGUCCAUGAGACACCACGACAUCUGCAGUCAUCGAUUUGCCCCUGCCAAUACGAGGAGGAGCUGCUGCGUAACAAGAUCAAGAUCAGUCUGCAGCAUCGUCAGUGCUGCGGCGUCAACUGCAUGGGCUGCUGGCUGUAACGAUAACAAUAACGAUAACGAUAACAACCACGUCCACUGCUGUUUGUGUAUUAUUCUUUUACUUUCCGUUUGAUUGUACGAUUAAAAAAAGCUGUUGAAAACGAAGCUCCAAUAUUUUGA